AUGCCUGCAGAAAGAGAGGAUGAGAUUUGUCGAAAGGCGCUGGAACUACUCUCCGACCUGUGCUCCAAGGGAGAAGUGCAGGACGACAACUGCCUGGAUUUCAUUUACUACUUCAGGGACCUGGCAAGACCGCGUUACACGGACUCAGAUGUAUCAGUUAGUCUGUUGUCACUGCUGGUGACCACCUGUGGUCUGGCUCUCUUCAGCGUCUCCCUCUUUGUCUCAUGGAAACUGUGCUGGGUGCCACUGAGUGGCCGUUUCCUCCCAGAUGUCCUCAAGGGGGCGCACUUCCUGGGAGGAGACCAACAGCCUGUGCUCACAGAGGUGGACGGGGAGGAAAGGGAGUACAGUGAGGAUGGCUGUGUGAAGGAGCCUUCAGGGCUGCCCUCAGCUGUGACUGUCCCAGAGUCAGCCCUAAAGAUCAGCCAUACAUCGCCUGACAUCCCACUGGAGACCAAGGCCAAGGUGGAGAAAAACCAUGUCCACACUCUUUCCAGGGACAGGGUGCAGAGACAGAUUACUGAGCCAACCUCAUCUGUACGGCACAACUCCAUCCGUCGUCAGAUGAACUUGUCCAAUCCAGACUUCAACCCUGCUCAGUUCCAGCGUCAGGAGUCUCUGUCUGGUUUGGGCCGAAUCAAACCAGAGCUCUACAAGCAGCGUUCAGUGGAUGCAGAAGACGGGCGUCACACCGACAGCUGUGGGUGUCUCCAUUUCAUCCUGGAGUUUGACUUUGACCUGGAACAGCUAAUUGUGAAAAUCCACAAGGCCCAGGACCUUCCGGCCAAGGACUUCUCAGGGACCUCUGAUCCUUACGUCAAGAUCUACCUGCUGCCUGACCGCAAAACCAAACACCAGACCAAGGUGCACCGCAAGACACUCAACCCAGUUUUCGAUGAGGUGUUUCUCUUUCCUGUGGCGUACACUGAGCUGUCAAGCCGAAAGCUGCAUUUCAGUGUCUACGACUUUGACAGGUUCUCACGCCAUGAUUUGAUAGGCCAAGUGGUGGUCGACAACUUCCUGGAUCUUGCUGACUUUCCCCGGGAGACAAAACUGUGCCGAGACAUACAAUAUGUAACCUCGGACAAUGUGGACCUCGGAGACCUGAUGUUCUCAUUGUGCUAUCUCCCCACGGCGGGUAGGCUUACUAUCACUAUGAUCAAAGCCAGAAAUAUCAAAGCCAUGGACAUUACUGGAGCCUCAGAUCCAUAUGUGAAAGUGUCCCUGAUGUGUGAAGGACGGAGGCUGAAGAAGAGGAAGACAUCAACCAAGCGUAACACUCUGAACCCAGUGUACAAUGAAGCCAUUGUGUUUGAUGUUCCUCCUGAGAACAUCGACCAGAUCAGCUUGCUUAUAGCCGUCAUGGACUAUGAUCGGGUUGGACAUAAUGAAGUGAUUGGAGUGUGCAGGGUGGGCAACGAAGCGGAGAGUCUGGGACGUGACCACUGGAAUGAAAUGCUGACAUAUCCACGAAAACCCAUCGCACACUGGCACCCACUCAUAGAGGACAAGAGGAAAGAGUGGGUCGGACAGGGACCAACAGGGAGUGGAAGCCAAGGAGGAUCCACCAAUUCACUGAAGUCACCACCGUCUCCAUGACCACACAUAUGCACCCAUUCACUCACACAAACACAGACACACAUACACAUACAGAGCCUCAGGAUGGUAGAAUGAUGGGUGAAUGACCUGCUGAUGCCCUACUGAAAUGUUAAAACAUAAAGUACCAGGUGUGACUAACAAGCAUCUACAGUAGUAGUAUCAGCUAUGAGCCCUUACUCAAACUGAUGUGUCAUUAGAUUGAACUAGUCUUUAGUGUGUUUAAGACUGCUGCAAAGGCUAAUCCCCACUUCUUACUUCCUCGUGUCUUCACAACCAAAAAAAAUUAACUACAUUCCAAAUGAACUACUAUGGUACUUUCAUUCAUUUUGAAUUGUUAUUGACAGUCAUAACAGGUUGAGAUUAUCUAACAGGUCAAGCUUUUUUAGCAAAUUGCAGUUUGUGGACCAAAAUCAUUCAUUUUUAGGUGAAUGUGUGAAGCUGUGACUAGUCAUUUGUGUGCGUGAUCAGCUAUCAUUGAAACAGUAAGAGUUAGGCAGGCAGGGUUACAGAAUUAGCUAUGUCACAGAAUUAAAAAUUAGAGGUCAUUCCUGGCCAGAUAAACAAAGUUUCAGCUCUUUGUUGUUGUGUUAAACAGUUGAAACCUCUCAUAAAAUGGUUAUAAAGUAUGUGGCCUAAACUUUGUUGCAGACUUAGCAGGCAUGAAUUAAAGAGAUUUUCUUAGCGUAAAUCUUAGUUUUACUGUAAUGGGUGACUUGCUCCAAGAAUGUGUAAAGCAGCUGACAGCUGGAACGUAAAUCGUUUUAUUUACUGCAUGUUAAAUUGUCUUACUUUGUUAACGGGGUGUGGUCAAAAUAAAGGAAACAGAAGCAUAACAGUUGUUAUCAGUGUUGUUAAAGGCCAGUUGGUUAUCAUCGGGUGUCAGUUGGUUAUCAGGUUAAUAAAAAUGAUGGCUAGAACUAAAAAAACAAGACUUAAGUUGUAAUAAACCAGAUAUAUCUUUUCAUGAUGAUGUGUUAGAUGCAGUUCUAUAGUCCUAAGAGAGCCCUGUAUCGUUAACAUCACCCUUAUCAAACCAGUGGGAAAUCCCUUCUGCCUUUUUAAUGGGGGCUUUGCCAUCAUGUUAAAACAAGUAUUCAACAAAUCAAUAAAUAUUGAAGUUGACCACUCAGAAUCAUGUUGUCAAAUUGUGAUUAGGCUUUAUUUUACCAGGAAAUUAGUGACUGGAUUCCUUCCAUUCUGAAAACAUAAUUGCACUACUACUGUAAUGGGACUUAAUGUUUCUUCUUUAAUUGGGACCACACCCUGUGAUUGUUUUAAUAAGCCUGAAAAUUAAGAUUAAUACCAGAAUUGUUUAAGUCUUUGUAUUGGACACUGUCAUAAAAAAUAAUAACAAUUUCUUAUUCUGUUUGUAGGUACAAUGCAUGCAUGAUUUUUCUGUGAAUCAUAUUUAAAUCUCACUUUUGUUGUGAGAUAUUAAUUGUAUGUAUUA